GCCGAUUCCGUUGUAUCAUUUGCUGAUCCUUCAUCAUCUUCUUCUUCUUCUCUCGCUUCGCUAGUUUAACCUCCGCUCUGCAAUUUCCAGCCACUAUUAAGGUGGUUGUGGCGGACUCUGAUUCCGAUUAGAUUCGGAGAAGAAAGGGGGAGAAUCUCCGGAGUUGCAAUGGCUGUGCAGGAUCAUGGAGCUUUCAUGGAGAAAUUCCUCCUGCAACCGAGCUCCCCGUCCGAUCAACUUCCCUUGGCUGGCCUCACUUUCGCUGUUAAAGACAUAUUUGAUGUGGAUGGAUAUGUAACUGGUUUUGGAAAUCCUGAAUGGCUAAGGACACAUCCACCUGCUAGUCAGACAGCCCCUGCCGUGUUGUCGAUCCUAAAAGGAGGAGCCACCUGCAUUGGCAAGACUAUCAUGGAUGAAAUGGCCUACAGUAUAAAUGGGGAAAACAUUCACUAUGGCACACCCCAAAACCCACAUGCAUCAGAUCGGAUACCUGGAGGAUCUUCCAGUGGCUCUGCCGUUGCUGUAGGUGCAAAGCUUGUGGAUUUCUCCUUAGGAACUGAUACUGGGGGUAGUGUAAGAGUGCCUGCAUCCUAUUGUGGAAUCUUUGGAUUUCGGCCUUCACAUGGUGCAGUCUCUACCUCUGGAGUAAUUCCCAUGGCACAGAGCUUUGAUACAGUAGGAUGGUUUGCCAGGGACCCUAUUGUAUUAAAAAGAGUAGGCCAGCUCCUGCUUCAACAGCCAGAAUUUGAACAUCACAAGCCUACGCAGGUGCUUAUUGCAGAAGAUUGUAUGAAGCUCUCAUGUAUUCCUAGUGAACGAUUGACGCAAGUUUUUGUGAAUGCAGUAACAAAGUUAUUUGGUGGCCAUCUUAUAAAACAAGUUAGCCUUGGGAAUUAUGUUGAGGACAAAGUUCCAAGUUUGAAGCAUUUCAUGAUUGAAGGAAAUGCAGGCCAUGAGCAUAGCAUACCAUCCUUGGCAGCCCUUGCAAGAUCGAUGCAAUUGCUUCAGAGGUAUGAGUUCAAAAUCAAUCACGAAGAAUGGGUUAGGACUUGCAAUCCUCAUUUGGGUCCAGGAAUAUCAGAACGAGUAUUAGAAGCCAUGAGGACGACAGAUGAGAAUAUUGAUCUGUGUCGUUCCAUUAAAAUCAAGCUGCGGGAAGCUCUUGCUUCUCUUCUUGAAGAUUUUGGGGUCCUUGUAAUUCCUACAGUCCCAGGCCCCCCUCCAGAACUAAACACAGACGUCUCGAAGCUACACAACUUUCGUGCGAAAGCUUUCAGCUUGCUUUCCAUUGCUGGAGUUUCUGGAUUGUGUCAGGUUAGCAUACCUCUAGGCUUGUACAAUGGCCUUCCGGUAUCAUUAUCUUUGCUAGCAAAACAUGGUUCAGAUGGAUUUUUGCUCAAUGUUGUUGAUAGUCUUUACAACACUCUAAAACAAGAAGUUGAGGUAAGCUUCUAAGAAAUCUAAAAGAAACUACCUUGAUGCUUGAAAAUUGCUGUCCUAUUUUCAGAUUGGAAGAAUAAGAGCAUGUGCAAGCCAGGUAUAAGCAUUUUGAUUAGCUUUUCUUUUUCUAGCGAUGAAUCAAUUUUAAGUUGAUUGAAUGAUGAGAUGUUUGAUACUCGAUCUGUCUCAUGUAUUGUUCUGUGUAUAGCUGUUGAUAAUGAAUCUUUAGAACAAUGCUCCACUAUUCUUCCAUACUUA